AGCGUUUCCAUCUCGCGUCGACGCGACAACCAUCUUGUACGCGCGACCAACUACAUCAAGCGGCAUCUUGCUUCUUAUUUUUCUUUUUCUUUUUCUUUUUCUUUUGCGUUUAAAAACUGUAUGGCAUAAGCCUCCUCCCAUGUUGGAGAUUUUUUCUUUUUUUGCUCUCAGCGCAGCCCCCAUAGAAUGGGCUUCUUGCCUACACAGCUUGCGAAAAACUAUCUCUGUUUCCUUUUUUUGUUGUUGUGCUUCUUGCAGGGUUUACGCUGUAUUUGUUAUGUUAGGGGAAAAGACGAGCUGGGGACUUGCAGUGCAGUGCAGUGCAGUGCUGCGUGGUAGGCGCGUGUGCGGUGUGAAGCACGAUAUGUACGGCGGAUGUGCAGCGCUAUAAUACGCUACGGUACGGUACGGUUCAUAGCUCCUACAUACCC